ACAGAGCACAGAGAAACAGGAUAAAAGACUAAAAAGAAAUUAAAGCAGAAGUCUAAUUGAAAAAUAUUGAAUUUAUAGUUCAGAAAAAAAAUCUUAAGCAUGUGUGAAAUACUUCAAACCUUCAUGAUGGGACUGCGGGAGUUUUUAAAGGAUUAUUUUCUUGGCUUCUGGGACUAUGAGACACCAAAGGUGAUGGUGGUUAAAAACAGAACUCUUGGAGUCAUUUACAGGAGUGUGCAGUUUCUUGUGAUCACCUAUUUCAUCUGGUAUGUCUUCAUAAGUCAGAAAGCGUACCAGGAGAGUGAAACCCGUCCAGAGAGCUCUGUGUACACACGCAUGAAAGGCAUAGCGGUUCAUGGUGAUGAUAUCCUGGACACUGUGGAGUACGCUCGACCUCCCGAGGGUGGUGAUGUCAUCAGUACUAUACUGAGACGGGAAGUCACGUAUGACCAGAUGCAUGGCACUUGUGCAGAGCAUUUCAAAGUUGCCAAAGCCAACUGUACUAAAGAUUCUGACUGUAUCCAGGGGGAAGUCAACUUUGAUGGCCAUGGCAGAAGAACCGGCAGAUGUGUGCAGUACUAUAAUCACACUUUCAGAACAUGUGAGGUACAAAGUUGGUGUCCUAUCGAGGAGUUCGCUGUUGUACGUGAACCAGCAUUAGUGGAGGCCAUUAACUUCACCGUAUUUAUCAGGAACUCCAUUCACUUCCCCAGAUUUAAAGUUUUGAGGGGAAAUAUAAAAGAUGCCUCAAAUAAACGGAACCUGCACAAGUAUCUCAGUAAGUGUCAUUAUGAUGAAGAGAAGGAGCCUUACUGUCCAAACUUUCGCCUGGGCUACAUCGCACACAAGGCCAGAGAAAAUUUUAGCGAACUCUGCAAAACUGGAGGUGUGAUCGGGGUUUUCAUCAACUGGCAGUGUAACUUGGACCUGGACCCUUCACACUGUAAACCUGCAUAUUCUUUCCGUCGUCUUGAUGUGAGAAAGGAUCAGGCCAACUCUGGAUAUUAUUACAGAUUUGCCAAAUAUUACAGUAGGGAAGGAGUAGAGUCUCGGACACUUAUUAAAGCCUACGGCAUCAGACUGGACAUCAUAGUACAUGGACAUGCUGGUAAAUUCAGUCCCAUCCCAACCAUCAUCAGUACAGUGACUGCAAUGACGUCAGUUGGAAUUUGCACCAUUAUCUGUGACUGGAUUAUGCUGACGUUUAUUGACAAAAAUGAGGUCUACAGCGACAGAAAGUUUGAUGAGGUUCACAAGGAACCCACGGCACCCAUUCCUACGGAGCUCAGCUUCAUCAACAGUUUUGGCUCGAACCAUUCUGACCUGUCAGACGGUGUUCCACUGUGAUGUCAUCGAAUAUGCAGGUUUACAGUCGACACCUCCAUCUAAGUCAGGUGUGUGUGGACUGGAUAAUACCAGCUGACAAACAUGAACGUGUCUGGACUUUCUUUGGCAGCCUUCUUGACAACGGUGACAUUAAAUACACUGAUAAAUACAAUGACAGAAGGAACAGCUCUGGACCCAUUUACUGACUCAGAUCUGGAUGUACCUUCACUGUUGGACAGUGACAAUCAACUUGAGUAAAGAAAACUAUAGUCCACUCAUACUCUAUACUUUUUGCCAUAUAUUGCACAUAUUCAGCCUAACAAUAAAUACCUUCAUGACUUCACUGUCACAGCAUCCCAUGGAAGAAAACUUACACAAUUCUGAAUCUUUUCCUUCUUCUUUUGCCCCGAUGUUGACAUAAUGAGAUGUGACAAGAGGAGGAAAUGGCCACAAAAUGCACAAGAGAGCAGUGAGCUGUAAUCCAAUAACACUGACAUUUCCUGUAAAAGGGUUUCUUUAAUAAGAUUGCGGUGAGUGUGAAUCCAUCUAAAGGCCUGAGUGCAGCGCAGUUGUCAGUGGUGGAAAAAUACAUAUGACAUAGUAAUGAUUGAUGUUUGACAUGAUGAAUGGAGAGAAGCAACAUGUCUGCUUGGAUAUCAUGUGGAACAUCAAAAUAUGUAUGACAUUUGUUAAGAAAGACUUCAGCAUUACAUCAGUCUCUUCACAUCAUGAAGAACUUUGCUUUAAAUAUUUUGAGUAAUUAACAGAGAUUUAAAAAGGGAUUUUCAUCACAGACCCUUUGAAUACUGCCCUUAUUUGCACUAACCCUGAUCCUCCAGAACAGCAAAAACCAA